GUGCAAUUGGUCCAACGUAACACUUAUUGGGCCUUGAAUUGGGCCACACAAGCGGGUUUUGAAUGGCCCAAGACUCCACCAGUGUUAGGGUUUUUCGUACGCUUUGUAUAUCUCUCUCUUCUUCGUUUUAUAGUUGAGGCUAAAACCUAAUUGGGACUCCGUACGCGCCGGUUCGUGAUUCAACACUGCUGCUCACUCAGCUUCUCCCUCCGGCGCUGAAAAUGGUUACUUUCAGGUUUCACCAAUACCAGGUGGUGGGUAGGGCUCUUCCCACAGAGAAAGAUGAGCAUCCUAAGAUCUACCGCAUGAAGCUUUGGGCCACCAAUGAGGUUCGUGCCAAAUCCAAGUUCUGGUACUUUUUGAGAAAGCUAAAGAAGGUCAAGAAGAGCAAUGGGCAAGUGCUGGCCAUCAAUGAGAUUUUCGAGAAAAAUCCUACCAAGAUUAACAACUAUGGAAUCUGGCUCCGAUAUCAGAGUCGCACCGGUUAUCACAAUAUGUACAAGGAAUACCGAGACACUACCUUAAACGGUGCUGUUGAACAAAUGUACAAUGAGAUGGCGUCCCGUCAUAGGGUCAGAUUUCCUUGCAUCCAGAUCAUCAAAACGGCAACCGUCCCCGCCAAGAUGUGCAAAAGGGAGAGCACCAAGCAGUUCCACAACUCUAAGAUCAAGUUCCCAUUGGUGUUCAAGAAGGUGAGGCCCCCAACCAGGAAGCUGAAGACAACCUACAAAGCAACCAGACCCAACCUGUUCAUGUGAUUCGAGUUGAUUUGUUUUCUGUGCUUGUCAUUUUGAGGCUGUUGGAUUCAUCAGUAAAACAUAGGGAUCACUUAGAGAAGGGUAAUUAAGCAGUAACAAACCUGAUUACCUGGAAUCGCAGACAUAGUUUUCUUCUCAUUAACUCUCAGAGUGUGGUUUCUUUUGACAAUUUUGUUUUGCAUUUUUCUCACCCGGAGUACUCUAUUUUUCCAUUCCUGAUGUAUUUGUUUAAGGUUGGUUUCCAAUUUAGUAAUUACGUUUUGUUUGAA